CACAGCAACUGUCGCGUGCAGACAUUCGGAAAGGAAGGAGGACUAAACCAACAUACCUUACCACAACCUACCUUGCCCGCCCCUAACUUCGCACCUCCUCCGGCCGUGAGCUCUUAUUAAAACCCCCAUCGCAGAAAUCGCACGACCGCCAGUUUUGCAUCCAUCCACACCCCCAGUCCGUCUACUGCGUUCCGCACAGACAGUAAGUGUUACCCUUUCGCGGCUGGGUCGCGGUCGUUGUCGUCAUCACUCGCUUGCUUGCUUGCUCGCUUGCUCGUUCGCUCGCACUUGUGGCUGGUCGGUUAGUCGGUCGCUAACAAUUUUUGGCUGCCGCACAGAUCACUGCCCAUUGAUCACCAUGGCUGGUAAGAAGGGAGGAAAGAAGGGAAAGGGCAAGGGCAAGAGCGGCGGCGCUGUUGCUGCUGCCGCGGCCAAGCGCUUGGCUGAGAACCAGAACAAUAACAAAUCCGGCCAGGAGGUUGAGGAAACCGUCUCCAAGAGUGACGCUGAGGUCGAGACUGGCUCCACUGAUGAUGCCGUCUCUGCUGGUGAUGCCGUCCCUGCGACCGCUGUUCCCGCAACCACCGCCAUCCCCGAAACCACCACCGUCCCUGCGACCACCGCUGUCCCCGCGACCCUUGCGGUCCCUAAGACCACUGCUGCGCCUGAGACGACUGCUGUGCCCGAGACUACCUCUGUCCCCGAGACCACCGACGUGCUCGAAGCCACCGCUGCUCCCAAGACCACUGAGCAGGCCCCCUCGACAGCCCCUCCGGCCAAUUUCACCUCGGAGGCCUCCAAUGCAGUGAACACUUCGUUCCCCAAGGUAGACGAGAGCGUCGUGGACGAUGCUGCGAAGAAGGCGCAAACGUCUGGAGUCGACUCCGUGGAGGAGGGCACGACCGUUCUGCCUUCUCCCUCUGCCGCCCCCGCAGAUGUGGGCAAGACAUCCCUGCCCGAGCGGCCCAAGGACAGCGUUUUGGCUUCCGAGACCACCGAUGCCCAUGUCAAGCGCCCAUACGAGAGCAGCCUCACUGCCAAGGAUGAGAACCACAAGCCUUCCAAGAUGCCCAAGGUGGACGACGAGCUCGCUGCUGCCUCCGCGGCCACGGGUGCAUCGGCCGGCAAGACUGAAAUCCCUGGUACUACUACCGUGCAGCCGCAGAUUGUUGCAGGACUUGGUGCUGAUCCGUCGGAUAAAGUGACGAAGGACGUGGAAGUCCCUGGUCUUGCUUCGGCAGACAAUGCGGCCGCCAGUGAGGCUACUGCAGCCACCAGCACGGCUGUGCCGGCUGCUACUGAGAAGGCUGCUGUCAACGACACCCCUGCGAAGCCCGAGAUCGCCGAUACCACUGCUCCGUCCGGCGCACCCACAUCUGCCGUGAUUGAUGACGUCGAUGCGUCCAAGAAGACGACUGGUGCAGUGUCACACGCGGAGCCCACGACGACAACGGAGACCCCGGCCGCCGCGCUCGCCAGCGAACCUGCCACCGUUGUUCCUUCCAGCAUCACAGAUCGUCCUGCGACCGGCAGUAAGGACAUUGGCAAGGACGCCGUGGAGAAGGCCACCGACCCCGCUACCACUGAGGCGCAACAGCCCCUCAAGGCGGCGGAGGACAAGCUGCAGUCCGCCAAGGAGCAGGUGCCCGAAAAGCCCGCCGAGAGCGCUGUUCCUUCUCUGGGCAAGGAGACCAAGCCCCAAGAAACCGAGCCCCUGACUACUAAGGCUGGCGAGGAGGCCCAAAAAGAGGGCGGCGCCGCAGCCAAGACUGCUGAGGAGGCGACCCCCGCGGCGACCCAGCCGGAAGACACCUCAGCCGCCAAGACGGCCGACGCGAGCAAAACCGAGGCCGCCCAGACUGGACAGGACGCACAGGCAGAGGGUGCCACGGCUGCCCAGAAGCCCGAGGAGGGCAAGUCGGCGGUCGAGCAGGCCAAGGACACCGCCAAGGGCGAAGCCAACAAGGCCCAGGAGGCUGCGAAGUCGGAAGUCGCCAAGGCCGAGAAGCGGAAGAGCGGGAUCUUGGGCUGGUUCAAGCGCAAGAUCAAGGGCGACAAGAACUAGACGCCGCUGUUUGUUUCUGUGCCAUGCGCCGCGGACCGGACGCGACCGCGAUCCGGCCCGUUUCUUUGGCUCCUUUGGUGGAUGUCCGCCGACGAAGAAGCCCCUAUUGCUGAUACCCCAACACGGACGGUUGAAUUAUUGAAUGGAAUGGAAUGGAAUGACGGGAAAAGGAAAAAAACACCGCAAAACCCUGCAAAAAGAAGAAGGCCGAAAACAAGAUGGAUACCAGAGCGAAUACCCCCCUGUGCUUAAGAAGGAUGGAUGGCGGGUGUACGAUAUGAAUGGACGGCCGGGAUACCACGGGGAUUGGAUUAGGGCGGUGGUUCUGACUGGACUGGACUGGUUGGGAUUGAUCCAUGCUUGUCGAGCGCUUGUGUUUCGUAUGUAUUGUUCACGCUGGGCGGAAUGGGCUGAGAAUGGGAUGACAUGACGUCUCGUUAAUGGUAAUGGAGGAAGAAAUGCAAUGAU